AUGCUGGUGUUUUUUGUCUUGGGGCUUCUUGUACAUCUGGUGUUCUUCGCCUCCAUCUUUGACAUUUAUUUUACGUCCCCUUUGGUUCAUGGGAUGACUCCUCAGUUCACACCAUUGCCCCCUCCAGCAAGAAGAUUGGUGUUGAUUGUUGCUGAUGGCCUGCGAGCAGACUCACUGUACGAAUUAGAUGACGAUGGGAAGUCUAGAGCGCCAUUCAUUAGGAAUAUUAUAAUGCAUGAAGGCAGCUGGGGGGUCUCUCAUACACAUGUGCCAACGGAGUCUAGACCAGGGCACGUAGCCCUGAUCGCCGGCUUUUAUGAAGAUGUCAGUGCUGUUGCCAAAGGAUGGAAAGAAAAUCCUGUAGAAUUUGAUUCUCUUUUUAAUGAAAGCAAGUACACAUGGAGUUGGGGAAGCCCAGAUAUCUUGCCUAUGUUUGCCAAAGGUGCUAGUGGAGACCAUGUUUAUACACAUAGUUAUGGUGCUGAAAGAGAGGAUUUUGGUGCCCACGAUGCAACAAAACUGGAUACCUGGGUUUUUGAUAAUGUUAAGGACUUCUUUCAUGAUGCCAGAAACAACCAGUCUUUAUUUGCUAAGCUAAAUGAUGAGAAAAUAGUUUUUUUCUUGCAUUUAUUAGGAAUAGAUACAAAUGGACAUGCUCAUCGACCAUACUCGAGGGAAUACCAAGACAAUAUUAAAAAAGUUGAUGAUGGAGUGAAAGAAAUUGUGUCGGUAUUUAAGCAUUUUUAUGGAAAUGAUGGGAAAACCACAUUUAUCUUUACCUCUGAUCAUGGAAUGACAGACUGGGAUUGGAAGCUGGAGAACUGGAAGAGGCUCGAUGUCAGUCAGGCGGAUAUUGCACCAUUGAUGGCUUCCUUGAUUGGAGUGCCCUUUCCCCUUAACUCAGUGGGGACCCUCCCUGUGGACUAUCUCAACAACACUGACCUCUUCAAAGCAGAAAGCAUGUUCACAAAUGCAGUCCAGAUUCUUGAACAAUUCAAGGUGAAAAUGACUCAGAAAAAAGAAGUGACAUUAUCAUUUUUGUUUACUCCAUUUAAACUACUGUCUGAUUCUAAACAGCAGAACUUUUUAAGAAAAGCAAGAUCUUACAUAAAACAGGGACAGUAUGAUAAAGUGGUUUCCCUUUGCAAGGAGCUGAUUCAUCUCGCACUGAAAGGAUUGUCUUAUUAUCACACUUACGACAGAUUCUUUUUGGGAGUCAAUGUUGCUCUUGGUUUUGUGGGAUGGACAUCUUAUGCUUCUUUGCUAAUCAUCAAAUCUCAUUCUGACCUUACUGGAGGUGUUAGGAAAGAAGUUAAGAAACCAGGCCGUCUCCUGCCAUGCAGUUUUGUAGCUAUUGGCAUUUUAGUAGCAUUUUUCCUGCUGAUUCAAGCUUGUCCCUGGACUUACUACGUGUACUGUUUGUUGCCAGUGUCCAUAUGGUAUGCAGUUCUACGAGAAUUUCAAGUCAUUCGAGACCUGGCCGUAUCACUGUCGACCUUCCCUCUGAGCCGUUUUGCCGGCUCUCUGUCAGUGUUCGCCUUGGGAAUUGAAGUAUUAGUUCUCAGUUUUUUCUACCGCUACAUGCUUACAGCUGGACUCAUUGCAUUUGCGAGUUGGCCAUUUUUCACUCAGCUGUGGACUCGAGCAAAGAUCACCUCACUGGGUUGGACUUGCUUCUCUUUGCUUCUGGCAGUCUUCCCACUGAUGCCUGUGGUAGGACGAAAACCAGAUCUCUCUCUAGUAAUGGGUGCAGGCUUGCUGGUUCUCUUGCUGUCCCUGUUGGUUAUAACAUCGCUCAUAAAAAGAAAGGAUAAUUUUGUUAAUCAAGAGCUGCUGGUACAUGUAUUCCAGAUGCUGAGCACAGUGUUUUCCAUGCUUGUUGUGUAUGGUACCCAUAGCAGUCUGCUCCGGAAACAAGGCCUGCCGCUUCUGAAUCAGAUUGUCAGCUGGACACUCCUAGGUUCCUCCUUGGUCGUACCACUGCUGAGUCCCACGAGUCUCUUCCAGCGGCUGUUCAGCAUCUUUGCUUCCUUGAUGCCAACCUACCUGCUACUGAGCACAGGGUAUGAAGCUCUUUUUCCCCUAGUCUUAUCAUGCUUGAUGUUUGUCUGGAUACAGAUAGAACAAGAAACUCGACAGCAGUCUGGCGUUUCCUGCAAACAGAAGUUGACCAGUAUCGAAUUUUCCUGUAACACGGAUAUAACUCAGUUUCGACAGCUCGGUCUGGAUGACAUCCGCAGGGCCUUUUUCUUGGUUUUCUUCCUAGUGACAGCAUUUUUUGGAACUGGAAAUAUAGCAUCUAUUAACAGCUUUGACCUUGCGUCUGUCUAUUGCUUUCUGACGGUGUUCAGUCCUUUUAUGAUGGGAGCCCUGAUGAUGUGGAAGAUCUUAAUCCCCUUUGUUCUUGUGAUGUGUGCUUUUGAAGCUGUCCAGCUAACUACCCACUUAUCAUCUAAAAGCCUUUUCCUCAUUGUUCUCGUGAUUUCAGACAUAAUGGCUCUGCACUUCUUCUUCCUGGUGAAGGAUUAUGGCAGCUGGCUAGAUAUUGGAACAAGCAUCAGUCACUACGUCAUCGUCAUGUCCAUGACCACAGUGCUGGUGUUUCUCAAUGGCCUGGCCCAGCUGCUCACAACAACGCAACUCAGGCUGAGUGGCAGACCCAAGAGCCACCUCGUGUGA